AGUCUUCUUUCCAGAUCGCAACCCGCCUCGGACUCCAAGCCUCCUCCGAGCUCCACCUCCGCCUCCGCCUCCGCCUCCGCCUCUUCGCGGCUCAACUCUUCAAGAAGUCCGACUCUCUAGCAUCCGAGGCCUCAAAGGCUGUCGCCAGGGUCACGGGCAAGCCUGAACAAUUAUCGGAUCGAGAGUCCUCAAAAAUUUCCCGCUCACUGUCUCAGAUACUUGAUUGAGAGUCCUCCAUAAUUUACAAACCCUAAUUGUCAUCUCCUUUCUAUCAUCAAUGAUCGAUAGUCCCCGACCAUGAUCGGUGAUCUCUGCAAUGACGACGCCCUCCAUGUGCUUGACCGCAGCAAACACUAAAUCCUUGGUCCCUUCACAUCAUCGACGACGAGAUCUCCCUCGGCAAACCCUAAAUCCUCAAUCUCUUCACAUCGUCGACGAAGACCACUCUCUCUGCAAACCCUAAGUCCUCGAUCCCUUCACAUCAUCGACGACGACCUCUCCCUGCAAACCCUAAGUUCUUGAUCCCUUCACAUCGUCGACGGCGACCUCUCCCUCUGCAAAUUGGCAAUCUUUGCAAACACCAAGUCUUCACAUACUUCAUAUCUUCGACAACGACCUCUCCCUCUACAAAUUGACGACCUUCGCAAACCCGAAUUCUUCAGCCCCUUCAUAUCAUUGACGAGGUACAGAGAGUAUGGAAUUGAUAGACAAGGAGAAGAGGAGGAGGAAAAAGAAGAGAGAUAAAGAGGAAGAUGACAAUAAAGAGAGUACAAGCGUUGAUCAAGAAGGCGAAAAGAUUGGUUUUUUAUCACUAGAGUCUAGUGAGAAAUCCACUACUGCAGGAGAUAUAGGAUGUUAUCAAAGCGAAGAGUGCGAUGGUUCAGUUAUUGGUAAUAAGAAGAGAAAAGGGGAAGUCAGCAUUGAAGCAGGAACUGAUAAGAAGAAGAGGAAGAAAAAUGAGCAGAAGGAUGGAGCAAGUGACAGGGCGAAGCCCUCAUCAGGAAAAUCUAAGAAAGCUACUAAGGAUAAGGUUGGAAAAGAGACAGAGGAACCUACUUCGGCGAUGAAGAAGAAAGUGGCAUCUCAGCCAGAGGAAAAUUCAAAAUUGAAGAGGGUUAGUUUUUCCGGCGACAUAGAGGUAUUUCCGCCCAAGGUUAACUCUGACGGUGAAGAAGAAGAAUAUGAUGAGGACAACUUGGUCCGCGGGAAAAGAUUCACCGAGGCAGAAGAUCAGUUGAUCAAAGAUUCUGUUUACAAUUACAUAAAGACAAAUCAGUUAGGAGAGAAAGGCUUGGAAAUGGUACUCAAUUGCAGAAAAUAUAAAGAAGUGAGAGGUUGCUGGAAGGAAAUCAGUGCUGCCAUACCUUAUAGACCUCUUGUAGCGGUGUAUUGUCGAGGGCGUUCUUUAUUUGAGAGGAGCGAAGAGCGUGGUUUCACUGAAGAAGAGAAUGAAAUUAUUAGAAAGUUUCAUGCAGAAUAUGGAUCAGACUGGAAGAAGCUGUCAGGAAUUCUCGGGAAGCAAAGGAUCCAUAUAAAAGAUGCUUGGCGAAGGAUAAGACUGCCAAAUAGAAAAAAAGGGCGGUGGUCUCAGGAUGAGUACCAGUCUUUAUUUGAUUUGGUGAACUUGAAUUUGCGGAUGAAAGCCUUUGAAGAAAAGAAAUCUACUAAUAACAUGAUUAGAGAAGGUAUAUCUUGGGAAGCAAUCAGUGACAAUAUUUCUACAAGAACAAUGUCAGGUUGCUGCCAUAAAUGGUAUGACCAGCUAACAUCACCCUUGGUCCAACAAGGUUUAUGGGCUGAUACAGAUGAUUAUCUUCUACUGGAUGCUCUUCAGAAGCAAGAAGCUUGCACUGUAGAAGAUGUUGACUGGGACAAUCUUGUUGAUGGACGGCCUGGAGAAGUUUGCGAAAGAAGGUGGGUAGAAAUGGUAAGACAUAUUGGUGGAUAUCGGGAGAGGCCAUUCAUCGAACAACUUGAUGUUCUCAGCAAGCGUUUCUGUGGAGAUAUGCUCGAAUAUAGAUUUAAGCAACAUGAGAAGGAAGAGGAAGGGACAGAGAGAGAGAAAGAGAAAGGGAAAAAGAAAGGGAACGGCAAAGAGAAAGUGAUUUUAAUUUUCUUAUAAUUAUGUAUAACCUUUGAAAUGCAUUCUACUUUGCAUCAUUCUGGACUUCUGGUUGAUGCCUCUCAGUCUAAACAGCAAGCCAAAAGACUGGAUUGUGUAUGAGAUCGUUGCUGGCUCUUGUACUGUUUCGUCUCAGAGUUUAUUUUGGGUGGGUUUUCUCUUAAUUUUUUUAUUUACAGUUGUAGCUGGAAUUAUAGUUUUCUUUGUUAGGGUUUCAAUAGAAAUUUUCUUGGGUGUAAAUUUGGUUAGUUUGUAAUUGAGGCAUAUAUUCAGCUACCUUACAUUAGUACUAACUCAUUCAAAUGGGGGUUUUGGCUUGCGAUCUGAUGUGAUUGCCUUGAGUUAUAUUUGGUGGUAUUUACCAUCAAUUAUUAAA